AUAAUAACUAGUUGCAAUAAUGUUUGGUUAUGGUAGAAGGAAGAAAGUUACUAACCAGUUUGACGAUCGGGUUAAGGCUCGAAUCGUCGGGCUUGACCUUGAUGAACACGGUUGCAUAAGCAGCGGAAGUGACCGCAGUGCUCAAGUAGAUGAAGACGACGACGUUUCCCUUUCAAGUUUUUCUGAAAUUGUUUUCAGCCAUUCGGAGAAUGAAGCCGGAGAAGAUCCGCCGUCGGAUAAUGAUCCCGAUUGCGUGACCGGCGUUCAAAUUUGCAGUCCCGGCGACGCGGUUGAGGAUGAAAUUGAGCCUAUACUUAUUCGCGGCGGCGCGGACGCUUUUCGCAAUAUCCUGGCGUCUCACGUGACAGAGGCCGUUGAAUUGUUUUCACGUUUGACGAAUUCUAGUAAGUUGACUCUCCGGCGACGCGUCGCCGCUUAUUUGAGGGAUGUCGGUUACAAUGCGGCCGUUUGCACUACCAAAUGGGCGAGCAGCGACGGAAUCACCGCCGGAGACCACGAAUUCAUAGACGUUCUCCGAUCCGACUCCAAUCGGUACAUCGUCGACCUCGAAUUCUCCUCCGAGUUCGAGAUAGCUCGGCCGACGGAUCGAUUCGAGCUUCUGGUUCGGUCAUUGCCGAAAGUUUUCGUCGGAAAAUGCGAGGAUCUGAGGAUAAUCCUGCGAUUGUUGAGUGAGGCGGCGAGGCGAUCGUUGAAAAGCAGAGGCCUGCAUCUCCCGCCGUGGAGAAAGCGGCGCUUUAUGAUGAACAAGUGGCUCGGAUCCUACCGGCGAACGACGAAUUUUGCACCGGAGAGGACCUCCAUGGACCAUUUAGGGCGUAGUUUAGCCAUCAAGUGCCGCUCCGUUGGCUUCGAUGCCGCCGCUAACGGACGUUUGCUGUUUCCGGUCGUAACCCGAACAAGAUAGUGGCGUAGUGGAGACGCGCCGCCGCAUGCGAAGUCAUGACAUUUAAUUAAUGCGAAUUAAAAAUGCUACAAAACAUGCUGAAUGUUGUCGUAAAGAUUUGCUCUGUAUAGUUUUGUUUAGACAAUUUGUACUUUUAAAACUCCGCAUUUCAGAUACUAGAUUUUUCACCCGUGCUUCGCACGGGAUGCAGUCAGUAAGCAAAAAAUGUUUCUAAUAUAUAGAAAUAUUGUGAUAUAGAUAGAA